AUGGCAGAUUCCGCAUCUGUCGGUAACCGUCGGAUCUCGUCGGGCCAACGGUGGUUGUUAGCUGCUGCCGAUGACGAGGAGGAAUCAGAAGGUGGGGAUGACGAAGCUGCCGGCGCACGGGAAAAGGAUUCCGACGAUAAGACGGAAUCUGCUGCUUCGGAGGAAGAGGAGAGCGAAGAUGAAGCUCCCGUGAAGAAAAAAACUGGCGUGAAAAAGGCACUGAUUAAGUCGAAAUCGAAGAAGGAGGAAGUCGAGGAGGAAGAGGAGGAUGAGGAGGCCGAGAAACCAACCGCACGAAAGAGCUCUUUGGUGAAAACGAAGAUGAAGAGCGCGGAUGCGGAGGAGGAGGAGACGGAGAAGGAGGUGGAGGUGGAGACAGGUGCGGGUGGUGGGAGCAAAGAGACGGACGCGGAGGAGGAGGAAGAUUCGGCGGAGGAGGUGACGCCGAAGAAGAGCAAGGCAUCGAAGGUGCCGGCGACGACGAGUGGCUUGAGCAAGAAGAAGCGAGGCGCUGCUGCCGAAGAGGAGGAGGAGGAGGAGAAGGAGGGUGGGGACGAGGGAGGAGAAGAAGAGGAAGCCACAAGCGUGAAGUCGAAGAAGAGCGUCAAGAAACCACCCUCCGCUGCUGCCGCUGCAGAUGAGGAGGAGGAGGAGGAUGGCGCGGCGGAGGGGAAGAAGGCGGGUGGGGAUGAUACCGAGACUGCUGAUGCAGAUGCUGACGGCGACGACGCGGAGACGGACGGAGGCGCCGGUGGUGGCGCUAAGGCGAAGAGCAGCAGCAAGGUUGUCAAGGCGAAGGGCAAGGCGGCUGACGAGGCGGAAGAGGAGGAGAGCGCGACGGAUGAGGCAGGGGGAGACGAGGGAAGGGAGGAAGAGGCGGCGGAGGGUGCUGCUGGCGGGAAAGCAAAGGGCGGAGUGGGUAAGGAGUCGGAGUCAGGGGAGGGGUCUAGCGAUGGUGGGGAGCAGGAGGAGGAGGAGGAGGAAGCGCGCGUGGUUAAGAAGACGCCGAAGGCUGCGAAAAAGGUGGUGGAGGAGGAAGAGGAGGGGACGGCAGCUGCUGCUGGGGGCGAAGGGGAGGGAGAAGGAGAAGGAGAAGGAGAAGGAGAGGUAGAGGAAAAGGGAGAGGAAGGUGGAGAGGGAGUGGGCCGAGGAGGUGGAUCUAAAGGUUCUGUGGGGAAGAAAGCGGUGGUGGAAGAGGAGGAGGAGGGCAGUGGUGAUAAAUCUGCCGGCGGUGAGGUGGAGAGUGAGGGAGAAGCGGCGGAUAAGGUUGCUGACGAUAGUGGCAGCACUGCUGCUGCUGCUGGUGCUGCUGCUGCUGCUGCUGCUGGUGCUGUUACGGACCAGGACGAGCAGAAGGAGCAGCAGGAGCAGCAGCAGGAGGAGCAGGAGGAGAAGCAGCAGGAGCAGAAGGCAGGCGGCGCCAAGGAAGAGCCUUCAAAAACCCCAACCGCGGAAGAGCAGGAGGAGAAGCAGGAACCCGCCCCGGAGCAAGAAGCAGAGGCAGACGCGGAGUCCUUCCCCCCCUGCGACGCCGCUCUAACCGACUACACGCCAUGCGAGGACGUGAAGCGAUCCCUCGCGUUCCCCCGCAAGAUGUACGAGUACCGCGAGAGGCACUGCCCGCCGCCGUCCAACGCGCUCUCCUGCCUCGUCUCCCCGCCUGUGGGGUACCGCAGCCCGCCGCAGUGGCCGGAGAGCAGAGACUGGGCGUGGUACGCGAACGUGCCGUAUAAGCACCUGACGGAGGAGAAGGCGGGGCAGAACUGGGUGCGGUACGAGCAGCAGCAGCAGAAGUUUGUGUUUCCGGGCGGCGGGACUAUGUUUCCCAAGGGCGCGGACGCGUAUGUGAAGGGGCUGGGGAAGCUGAUUGCGGACUUUGGGAACGGGUCUGUGCGCACGGUGGUGGAUACUGGAUGCGGGGUGGCGAGCUUCGGAGCGGCGCUGCUGAGCCACAACAUGGUGGCCAUGUCGUUCGCCCCGCGCGACACGCACGAGGCGCAGGUGCAGUUCGCGCUGGAGCGCGGCGUGCCCGCCAUGCUGGGCAUCAUGGCCACCAAGCGCCAGCCCUACCCCGCUCGCGCGUUCGACCUGGCGCACUGCUCCCGCUGCCUCAUCCCGUGGUCCAUUGAAGGCGGGCUCUACCUAAUCGAGGUCGACCGGCUGCUCCGCCCCAGCGGCUACUGGGUGCUCUCAGGCCCACCGGUGGACUGGCAGAACCACAACAAGCACUGGGGCAAGCCGGAAUCCGAGAUGCGCGCACAGGAGGACGGGAUAAUCGCCGUCGCCAUGGCGCUCUGCUGGCGCAAGGUCGGGCAGAAGGACGCUGUAGCCGUGUGGCAGAAGCGGGCGGAUGAUUCGUGCUUUGCUGGGAAGAAAGGCGAGGCGAGGAGGAGGCGGCUGGGAGAGCUCGUGGGAGAGGGGGCUGCACGGCGCGUGCUGGCAGGAGGAGGAGGAGGGGGGGGAGUAGAUGGGGCAGUGGCGGAUUUGCGGCUGGAGUUAUGCCCUGAGUCGGAUGAUCCCGAUGAUGCCUGGUAUACUCCCAUGAAGCGCUGCGUCUCCCGCGCUCCUCUAACUUCCACUCCCCUCGCCCCCUGGCCCAAGCGCCUCGCCCAGGCCCCCCCUCGCAUCAAGCGCGCCUCUGCCGCCGCCGCUGCCGCUGCUGACGGCGCUGCAAACAGUAAACCCCUCGUUAAGAGGUUCCUGAACAGCCUGCGCAGGUGGACGAAGCGAGUGGCGUGGUACAAGGAGGCUGUGCUGCCAGCCCUGGGCCAGGGCAGAUACCGGAACAUCAUGGACAUGAAUGCAGGGAUUGGGUCCUUUGCAGCUGCCCUUGCCGGCGACCCGGUGUGGGUGAUGAACGUGGUGCCUGUGGAGACACCCGCGGAGGUUGGGGAGCAGGCGCGGAAGGCAGGGAAGGGGGAGGAUGGCGUGGGCGCGGCGGGGCUGCCGGGGUACCAGUGGAGGGUGUCUGCUAAGACGGAGGCUCUGGGCCUGCCACCGGGGGAGGCGCUGGGGGUUAUCUAUGAGCGAGGAUUGAUUGGCACAUACCAGGACUGGUGUGAGCCGUUCUCCACCUACCCCCGCACCUACGACCUCAUCCAUGCCGCUUGGCUCUUCUCUGCACUCUCUAAAAGGUGUGACGUGGGGGUGGUGUUGAGGGAAAUGGACCGGGUGCUCAGGCCAGAAGGGGCAGUCAUCUUCCGGGACAGCCACGCCAUUCUCAAGCAGAUCCAGCCCCUCGCCAAGCGCCUGCGCUGGGACGCCCGCUUCGAGGCCAACCGCCCCGGGGGCAGUGGGCGCAUUCUUGUGUGUGUGAAGAAGUACUGGGUGGAAGGGUAA